CUCACCCUCACCACAAUCAUCACCGCCAUGACCAUCAUCAGCGUAGCCAGGACCACCACCACUUUCAUAGCUUGCUGUCUGAUAAAGCUCAAGGUAGCGCGGAACGCGAGGCCCAGUUGAGCAGGCCUUGACUACCCGGGCGGUCUCCUUGCAGUUGGCGGUUGGAGGAUGGCGACCGCUUUCGAGCCGAAGUGCACGCCCCGCACUUUUGCUUUUAUCUUCCCAAUGGCGUCGGGCCACGUUAAUCCAUCGCUACCGCUGGCACGCGCUUUGGUGCAGAAGGGCCACGCCGUCCAUUACCUGUCCUUCGACCAGUUCCGAGAGGCCGUCGUGGACACGGGGGCCACGUGGCACUCGACCGUGGAGUACCUGACCGAGAUGUUUGGAAUUUCUGCGCAGGUGGACGUCAUGAAGGUCUUUGGCGAUCUGCUCCAUGAGCUGGGCCUCGAGUUUAAGAUGGUGAAUCUCUCUUGUGUUAGGAACAUCCUUCUCGAGCGGAAGAUGCCAGGGACUGUGCGAUUCUUGCGCGACCUGUCGCCCGACGGAGUGGUGUACUGCCCCUUGAGCUGCCCAGAAGCGAUGCUCGCCGCCAAGGUGGUCGGCAUCCCGUCUGCGUCGCUGAACACCAUAGCGGGUCCUGGAGCUCUGGCCACAACUCUCCAGGCCAUACUGACGGAGGAGGGGCUGAGCAUCGACGCCUUCCAGCGCUGGGUGGACUCCAUGGAGCCCGAUGCAGCGGCGGUGGGCCGCCUCAACGAGCGGUACGGCCUCGGCCUGAAGUCUGGGCUCCCGAUGCCCUUCGGCAAGGACAACGGCGUGAGGUUCGCUGCCGUGAACUUGGUGACGACGACCGAGGACCUGCAGGACCCCGUGGCGCCCGAGCUGGCCCGGGCGUACGAGGCAGACGGCUCCCGCUUCGCCUUCGUGGGGCCCCUGCUGGACGCGGCGGGCGCGCGCCGCGUGGCCGGGCACCGGUCGGCUGCCGGCGCGGAGGGCGAGGAGUUGCCGGCGGGCGGCGCGGGCGCCACCUCCGCCGAGGUGCUCGCGAAGGUCCGCGAGGCGCGCGCCGCGGGCCGGGGGGUCGUGCUGGCGAGCAUGGGCACCGUGCUCACUGGGGACGUGCCCGGCCUCGGCUGGAACGCGCGCGCCAAGGGCCCGGACGGCCUGGAGUGCGGCCUCACCGGCCGGGAGCUCUGCCAGGCCGCCUGGGGCGGCCUCUUCCGCGCCCUCGGCGCGCCCCGCGGGGGCGAGGGCCCGCUGCUGGUGGUCUCCCUGGGGCCGCAGGCCGCGCCGCUCGGGGUCCUCGCCGCGCCGCCCAACGCGGUCUGCGCUCCGGCGGUGCCGCAGGUUGACGUUCUGAGGGCCGGGGUGGACCUCUUCCUGACGCACGGCGGCCAGAACAGCUUCACCGAGGCGCUGGCGCACGGCACGCCGGUCGUGGUCUGCCCCGGCUUCGGCGACCAGAUCGUGAACGCCGGCAAGGCCGUUGCCCUCGGCGUCGGGCUCAAGGUGGACAGGCCGUUCCCCCCCGCGGGCGGGGAGGCCGCGGCGGCCGCGCAGUACACGGCGGAGGUGAGCGAGAAGCUGCUCGAGGCGAGAACCAUCAAGCUCUACAAGCUGCCAGAGACUCCCAAGCUGCCUGGCAUGCGCGAGAUGAGGGCGUCAGACGUUCCCAGGGUGUCAGAGCUCGUUACCGCCUACUUGAAGAAGUUCCCGCUGCACCCAGAGUUCACGCAGGACGAGGUUGGCCAUUGGAUGUUGCCGCGAUCGCAGGUAAUAUAUUCGGCAGGCUCUGCCAGGCGUGAUCAGGCGUGCGCCUGUGCCGCCACCGUCAGGAGCUGCGCCAGCGCCGCGUCGGCUGGCAGCACGGCCGCGGCGCCCAAGGAGCAUCUCAGCUCUGCCACUUUCGCCGUGCUCCAGGUGCCCGGCGGCCCAGGACGGCCCGUCGCGGGCAAAGGCGGGGCGCCGCCCAGGGUCCCGCCCGAGGAUCUAUCCAGGGACAAGGGCCGGGCGGGUCGGCCACUCUGGUUGCGCGAGGAUGAGGCGGCUGCGCCCGAGGGGCGGGCUCCAGAGGACAAGGGGAGCUGGCGGGGCCUCCAGCAUGCGCGCUUCGCCUUCAGCGGGAUGUUCUCGUCCCCGCCGAUAUGGCUGUUUGGCUUCUGCCCGCAGCCCGCGCCGGCGCGGCCGGCGGGGGGUGGCGGGGUCGAUGGGUCGGUGCCAGAGCCGAGGGGCCCGGGGACAUCGUGCCUGCGCGACGACGCCUUCCACGCGCAGCUCCGCGCGCGAGUUGCUGAGGGCACGGCGCGCCGCUCAUCGAGGAGGUCAUGGACUUUGUUGGGGGUGUCGCAGGCCGAGGCGCCCCACCUGUGCCGGCUGGCGCUUUGCGGGGGCGGUGGGAAGCGCGCUGUCUGCGCGCCGUGCUGCGGCCAAGUGAUCGAGGGCACGGGCGCUAAUUUGGAGGCCCCGCCCCUUUUAAUCGCGCCGGGCAGCGCGGGCUGUUGGCGCGUGGGCGUGGGCCUGCAGCGAAGCAUGCCGGGUGCUGGGGUUGCGAGGCUGCGCCGAGAUGAGCGGCGCAUCCAGGUGCUGUGGGAGGGCGGGCUACCGCUCGAGGAGGGCCGGCGGGGCCCGUCUGGCCUGGGCCGCAGUCGCGCCGCGAAGCUUCUGGCGCGGUCGCUGGCUCCGCUGGCGGGGCCGCCGGGCAUCGGCCGCUCCGCGCCCGCGCCGAUGCUGCAGGGCCCGCCCGACCGCGGGCGCGGACUGAGGGCGGGGGCCAGCGCCGACAAGGGGGGCGGGAAGAGCGUUUCCGCGAGGUGCCGCGGAGGACGAGCCGCGGAAGUGCGCGAGUCGGUGCAGUCAGCGCGCGCGGGGGGAGCUCAAUUCAAGGCGGCGCGGCGGGCCCGCGUGGAGAGCCAGGGAGGCGUCGAGCUGAUCGCGCCCGAGGAGCGCCUCGACGUGAAUUUCACCGCUCAGGGGCCAGGGCUGCAGCGGUGCACGUUGGGCUCGGACCUGGAGUGGCGCGCGGGCCGCGGCAAGAAGGAGGAGCGGCAGUGCGUCUACGUCGACGCCGCGGCGGCGCACUUGCGCGCCCGCCCUGGGCGCCUGGCCAGUGUCGGGGGGGUUGUGGAGGAGGCCUGGAGGUGGAGGGCGGCUGCGCGGGGGGGCGCAGCGGGGGCGGGGGCCCGCGCGGGCGACGCCGACGCCUGCGUCGCCAUUGCGGAGUCGGACGUUCGUGCGUUCAGCCACGUUGCCGUGAAGCUCGGCGAGGCGGGGGGGGCCGCGGUGGAGAUUUGCGACGACGCGGAUGCCGAGACAGGGCCCCGCCCAGGGCAUGACGCGAUGGGGGGCGAGUGGGGGCGCGAAGGGAAUGCGAUGGCCAUCUUCACGGGCGAGCUGUUCCUCGCGGCGGCGGGCGCAGGGUGCAAGCCGCCGGCCGGGCGCCCCGCCCUGGGCGGCAGGCGCCCGAAGGCGCGCGACUUGGGCAUCUGGGCUAUCCGAAGGAAGGGCGGCUGGCGGCGCCGGCGGUGCACGCGCGAGCGCGUCUUGGACGCCGGGGGCAAUCCCAGCGCCGGGCUCAUCUACGCGGGCGAUGACCAGGCGGUGCAGAGCGUGGUCGAGAAGAGGAAGGCCGCCUACUCCUAUUGGAACGUGGCGACGACCGUGCCGCUGCACGAGCUGCUGUACGACGCGCUCAUCCUCGCGAAGCAGCAAGAUGCGGGAGGGUGGACAUGGAUGGACGCGCAGGCGCGCAGCCGGUCGCGUGGCCCGCGCCGCCGCGAUCACCGGGGCAGGCGCGGGGGGCCCAUGGGACGGGCUCACCUGCCAGACUGGGCGCGCCACAUGCUCGCAGCGGUCCAGUUCGACCUCCCGGCCCUCUGGCUCCUGAGGAACCAGCUCCGGGAGUUCUUGGCGGUCGUCGAGGGCAUCAUCCAGCAGAGGGAGCAGGAGCAGGCUGUCCGGCCGCCUGGCCGCGCGGCUGCGAGGGGGGCCCCCGUGGUGGAGGAGGAGACGGAGGAGAGCGACCGGGCAUUCAUGAAGAGGAUGUUCACGGCCCUCGACGCUAAUGUGGACGGCCUCCUGUCCGAGAUGACCCUGUUCUCGAACAUGGUAUCGGACCACGGGGAGAGGAUCGGGAAGGCGGAGGGAAGGCAGGACGAUACCGAGAAGCGGACGGCUGAUCUCGAAGCCGCGGUGACCACCCUGCAGAUGGAGCAGACGGUGCUGCAGGCGUCUACCGGGGACUUCGUGACUGCUCCGGCACGUAGGCUACCUCCAUGGGCUGGCGUCCCGCGUGGGGAGCGCGACGUUUUUGUCAUGACCAAUCCCGGCUGGAACACGAAGGUGCCCGAGCUCGAGCAGCGUGCGCGGGAGAUCCUGAGGAGCCUGGGCACCGACAGCCCCAUGGACCUAAAGGCCCCGUACGCGUAUGGAAGCCUCGUGGAGGUCAAGUUCAGCACGGUGGAGGUGGGUCAGAAGACCGCGAACGCCGUCAAGCAGGCGCUCCUCGACGGCCAUGGAGGGAGGAAGACUUGGAUGGGCCCCGGCCCCAUUUCCACGAGGGAUGAGCGCGUGCCGGGCAAGCAGUGGGGGGAGCUCAAGGAGCUCAAGUUCGGCAUUGGGGACGGCUUUUUGCAGUACUACCUCUACAAUUGGAAGUGCCCCAAGAUCGAGCCGUGCGGUAUCGGUCAUGCACUCGGCCGGCCGCUACUGUUUAAUUUGUUUUACCCAGACCUGGAUCCUCUUGUUCGGCCUCAGCGUGUCACUUAG